CGGCCAGUUUGCCAUUGUGCGGAAAUGCCGGGAGAGGAAAACGGGUCUGGAAUACGCGGCCAAAUUCAUCAAGAAGCGCCGGCUGUCGUCCAGCCGCCGGGGCGUGAGCCGGGAGGAGAUUGAGAGGGAGGUGGACAUCCUGCGGGAGAUCCAGCACCCCAACAUCAUCACGCUGCACGACAUCUUCGAGAACAAGACGGACGUGGUGCUGAUCCUGGAGCUGGUGUCGGGCGGCGAGCUCUUCGAUUUCCUGGCCGAGAAGGAGUCCCUGACGGAGGAGGAGGCCACCCAGUUCCUCAAGCAGAUCCUGGAUGGGGUGCACUACCUGCACUCCAAGCGCAUUGCCCACUUCGACCUGAAGCCAGAGAACAUCAUGCUGCUGGACAAGAACGUGCCAAAUCCCCGCAUCAAACUCAUCGACUUCGGGAUCGCCCACAAGAUUGAAGCUGGGAAUGAAUUCAAGAAUAUAUUUGGGACGCCGGAGUUUGUCGCUCCGGAAAUUGUGAACUACGAGCCCCUGGGGCUGGAGGCCGACAUGUGGAGCAUCGGGGUCAUCACUUACAUCCUGCUGAGCGGAGCCUCCCCCUUCCUCGGGGAGACGAAGCAGGAGACCCUGACCAACAUAUCCGCCGUCAACUACGACUUCGACGAGGAGUAUUUCAGCAACACCAGCGAGCUGGCCAAGGACUUCAUCCGCCGCCUCCUCGUCAAGGACCCCAAGAAGCGGAUGACCAUCGCUCAGAGCCUGGAACACCCCUGGAUCACUCUCCGCAGGUCCAGGAGGAACGUCCGCAACGAAGACAACUGCAAGAAGCCCGAGCGCCGGCGGCUGAAGACCACGCGCCUGAAGGAGUACACCAUCAAGUCCCACUCCAGCAUGCCGCCAAACAACACGUACAUCAACUUCGAGCGCUUCUCCAAGGUGAUGGAGGAGGUGGCUGCAGCCGAGGAGAGCCUCCGGGAGCUGGAGAGGAACAAGAAGUCCUUCCAGGAGGACAUCGAGGCCCUGCUCUCCAUCUACGAGGAGAAGGAGUCAUGGUACAAGGAGGAGAACGAGAGCAUCAGCCAGGACCUCCGCCAGAUCCGGCAGGAGCUGCAGAAGACGGAGGCGCUGAAGAAGCAGGCGCAGGAGGAGACCAGGGGGCCCGUGCUGGCGUCGGCUGCCCUCAGGCUGAGGUUGGGGCGUCCUUCCCAGCUCCCCCCCGGGAUCUGCCACGGCGGCAGCGCCGAAGGGACCUCGGUGGCUCUGCCCCUUGCUCGCCCGAGGAGCCAGGCCACCGACAGCCUUCGGGAAACGUCCCCGGGCUCAGCUGGGCUCGUG